CAGGUGUUUCUUUUGGUUGAGAUCAACAGUGUGCUUUGCAACCCUGCAGUCCGGGGGAUCCGAGAAGUCUACAGCACGUACCAGAAGGCAAUUUAUGGAGACAAUGUGUACCAGACCGUGAAUGGCUUUUGGCGCGGCAACGAAGGAGCCGAUAUGAACGAGCAGGGCUUCUUGGAUCUUUCCAAAGAUAUGCAGUUCAAGGUGUGCAACGUAUCCCUGUCGCAGCCCUAUUACACAUUGGUGAUUCUGCUGGUCUGGACUUUCACUUGCCUGGCAGAGAUUCGAGUCUCCUUGAUGAUGGCACGGAAUUUGCUGUGGCACACGCCGGUUGUGGAGCACGUCACUGAAUGCAUGGAGCGGACCGAGGAUAAUUGCAAAAUUGUUGGGCUUACCAUGCCGAUGAAGUUCUGCUUGCUCUUUUUUUGUUUCUUGCCUCGCUGCUUACUGGUUGUGAUUUUGCAGCUUGCCGGCAGGCCUAAGCAUAGGCCUUUUUGCACCGGGCGGCCCAUCAUCAGGCUAAUUGUCGGGCGCUCUCCGAGAAGUAAACUCAGGAAUUACUUGGGCUGUCGCUGGCUGCUCGCAUCGGAGUCUUUGGGUGACCUGUUCCUGAAUUCCUUGGCGCUGGAAUUCAUGGUGCUCCUCCCUGAGUUGCUGUAUAGGACCUUUGCGGCAGAGCGGAGCAUUUUGCGGACCGAAGCAACAUUGGUGCACUCAGGGCAAAUGGACAAAGUUUCCUUGAUCGAUGUGCUGGCGGCUUUUGCUUGGAUCAUCAUUGCAGUGUUAUGGGUUUGUACAUACCUCUUCCACUUGCAAGCAGUCCUGCCAGGCUAUGAGUGGGAUGUGCAUCACAUGUGUGCGAAAUACCGUGACAUCUUACAGGGCUGAAUGAUGCAUUUGCGGAGCUUAUGAGAGACAAAGUUUCUUCAUACAAAGGUGCGCAGUUUGCCUUGUGCAAAGACGGGCAGAUUGUUUGAACUUAAGUGGCAGAACGACCAAGCGAGGUGCUUGAAAGCUUCAAUCCUAUGCCUGUAAUGGAC